UAUUGAUUUACAGGUGAAACAUGACUGCUUUACUUCUGCUGUGUGUCUGCCUCAGUGUCGUCUCUGCAUCAGUACUGUUUGGAGACAUGGAUGACCAGGACAGCCCACUGGGCGUGAGCAUCCCUGUGGAGCAGCCACUGCGCCCCCUGCUGGGCGGGAAGAUGGUCAUCCCCUGCUACUUCCAGGACAACACAGUCCACGACCCUGGUGCCCCCACCAUCGCCCCCCUGUCCCAUCGCAUCAAAUGGAGCUACAUUCAUAAGGGCCAAAUCAGCCUCAUCCUGGUGGCCACUGGAGGAGUGGCGCAUAUUGAAACAGAUUAUCUGGACCGGGUCACCAUGGUGAAUUACCCUACUGUGCCCACCGACGUCACCAUAGAGAUCACAGAGCUGCGCUCCAAAGACUCUGGGACAUAUCGCUGUGAGGUCACGCACGGCAUCGAGGACAACUACGAUUCAGUGGAGAUGCAGGUUCAAGGCAUUGUGUUCCACUAUCGAGCAAUCACCAGUCGCUACACCCUGACCUUUGAAGAUGCCAAGGCAGCCUGCAUCCAGAACAGUGCAGUCAUAGCCACACCCGAACAGCUGCAGGCUGCUUACGAUGAUGGCUUCCAUCAGUGUGAUGCAGGCUGGCUUUCAGACCGAACCGUCAGGUACCCUAUUCAUGAGCCAAGGGAGCCUUGCUAUGGAGACAAAGAAAAUUUCCCAGGUGUACGAACCUAUGGAAUCAGAGACGAUAAUGAGACGUAUGAUGUGUACUGCUUUGCAGAGAAGAUGUCAGGCAGAGUCUUCUACUCUAUGUCUUUUGAGAAGUUCACCUUUGCUGAGGCCUCAGAGCAGUGCGCCAAGCUUGGAGCCCGCUUGGCCACCACAGGGCAGUUGUACUUGGCCUGGAAGGCUGGGAUGGAUGUGUGUAAUGCUGGCUGGCUGGCCGACAGGAGUGUGAGGUACCCCAUCAACAUCGCCCGGCCGCAGUGCGGUGGGGGACUCCUGGGGGUACGGACUGUGUACCUUUACCCAAACCAGACAGGAUACCCUCUCCUGGAGUCCCGCUAUGAUGCCAUCUGCUACGAAGGAGAGGAGGAAGUACCCAGUCCACCAACCCCAGGGCCUGGAGUACCUAUUCCACUGACCCUAGUGCCUGAAGUUGACAUCACCACAGAGCCUGAGUUCAGCGUGGGCACUGUCACCUCUAGCCCCGCCGCCUAUCCCGAGAAUGUUACCAGUGAAGGGGAGGCGCGAGGGGAGCUGGUCACUCGGGAGCCCUGGAGCACCACCACCAUGGAGACUCCCCUACCGCUCCCUCCCUCCAUUACAGGGAACAUCACAGAGGAGGUGGAGGAUGAGAUCAUUGUGGCUGCAACUCGGCCUAGUCUGGAGCAACCUGGAGACAAUGUCAGCACUGAAUCUAAAGGAGUAGUGUUCCACUACCGCUCAGGGUCCAAACACUAUGCUUUCACCUUUGAGGAGGCUCAAAGGGCUUGUCAGCAGCUGGGGGCUGAAAUAGCCACCCCUGAGCAGCUACAGGCAGCAUACGAGGCCGGCCUCCAUCAGUGCAGCGCUGGGUGGCUUAAGGAUCAGUCUGUCAGGUACCCUAUCGUUCAUCGUUGGUACAAAUGCUCUGGAGAUCAGGGAGAUCCAGGGGUCCGCUCCUAUGGGGUCCAGCCGGCAUUUAAACACUAUGAUGUAUAUUGCUACAUGGACCAAAUAAAGGGAGAGGUCUUCCAUGUCAGCUCCCUGGCAGGCUUCACCUACUAUGAGGCAACUGCUCACUGCCAUACGCAGAAUGCUAUGCUGGCCUCCACCGGAGAACUAUAUGCCGCCUGGAGUCAGGGCUUUCAUAAGUGUAGCCCAGGCUGGCUGUCUGAUCGCAGUGUCCGUUACCCUGUUCAAACCCCACAACUCGGCUGUGGUGUGAAUAAAACAGGAGUUCACACUAUUUACACUAACCCUGACCAGACUGGAUUUCCAGACCCAUAUUCCAGACAUGAUGCCUACUGCUUUAGAGCAAAUCUGUCCAUGAUCAUGACCGAAGAUAUGCUGAAUGCCACAGGAAUGGAUUUCAACCUGACAUACAUAACAGAGCUUAUAAGGCCUGCUCGUCCUCUUGUCCCUCCAAAGUCUGAGGAGGAGAUUGGCUCUGGGUCAGCUUCAGCUGACUUCAAAUCUGGAGAUGUGUCUGGCAGUGGAAUCCCCAGUGGAGAUACAUCUGGUGUUGGAAUCCCUAGUGGAGAUGUGUCUGGCAGUGGAAUCCCCAGUGGAGAUGUUUCUGGCAGCGGAAUUCCCAGUGGAGAUGUUUCUGGCAGCGGAAUCCCCAGUGGAGAUGUUUCUGGCAGUGGAAUCCCUAGUGGAGAUGUGUCUGGCAGUGGAAUCCCCAGUGGAGAUACAUCUGGUGUUGGAAUCCCAAGUAGAGAUGUGUCUGGCAGUGGAAUCCCCAGCGGAGAUAUAUCUGGUGGUGGAAUCCCAAGUGGAGAUGUGUCUGGCAGUGGAAUCCCCAGUGGAGAUACAUCUGGUGUUGGAAUCCCAAGUGGAGAUGUGUCUGGCAGUGGAAUCCCCAGUGGAGAUAUAUCUGGUGGUGGAAUCCCAAGUGGAGAUGUGUCUGGCAGUGGAGUCCCCAGUGGAGAUUUGCCUGAAAGUGGAAUCUCCAGUGGAGAUGUAUCUGGCAGUGGAUUUCCCAGUGGAGAUGUGCCUGGAAGUGGAAUCUCCAGUGGAGAUGUAUCUGGUAGUGGACUCUCCAGUGGAGAUGAGUCUGGAAGUGGAAUCUCCAGUGGACAUGUGUCUGGUAGUGGAAUCUUUAGUGCAGAUGUAUCUGGUAGUGGAGAUGUGUCUGGCAUCACUGUGAGCUUUGAGGGGAGUGGAUAUAUACUUUCAGCAGAGGGAUCUGUCUCAGGGGGCCCUCAGGAAGCUGGAGAAGGGAGCGCAUUCAUUUUCCACCUUGCAUCUGGAGACCUCAGUGGUGAUCUUUCAGGAUCAGGUGACUUCUCUGGAUCCGGACAAGACAGAAGUGGUUCUGGUGAUCUUCCAUCUGGUUUUGGCAGUGGAGAUGUGAUCACCUUCAUUGAUCACCAACAGAUUGACAUUUCCACCUCACAGGCCAAAACAGAACAAGAGUUAGGGAGAAAACACUUUGAGGUGAGUGGAUUCAGUGGACUCCACAGUGGUGACAUCAUGAGUGGGUCUGGCUUAAGUGGAUUCCAAAGUGGUGACAUCAUGAGUGGCUCCGGAAUCAGUGGAUUCAAAAGUGGUGACAUCAGUGGGUCUGGAGCCAGCGGAUUCCAAAGUGGUGAUAUCAUAAGCGGCUCUGGUUUGUUUGGCGUGUCAUUUGUGGACUCUGAUAUGAUUGACCUGACUACAAGACCUUCAGGAGAGAAAGAGGUAUCUGGAAUUUCUGGUGAGAUGUCUGGUGAUGUCAGUGGCUUUCUCUCUGGAGAUGCUUCUGGAAUGUCUGGGUUACCUAGCCGUCCAUCAGGGGAGGACCUCAGAUCUACUUCAGAGAGCGGGGAGGUCAUCUUGCUGACAGAGGAUGAGGUUAUAGAAGUGACCUCCAGGUCUAUUGAGAGCACACAACAGGGUCGUGGCUCUGUGGAGCUGAGUGGAGAAGGCAGUUCUCCAGUGGUUCACACAGAAGAGUUUUUCACUGUUCUGCCUCCUGGUUCUGUACUGGAAGAGGAUAUGAGUGGCAGAGACUUGGAGGAGGUUGAUGACACUGAAAAAUCACUUAUAAACACCACCAGCACAACACAGAACACAUUAACCUACACCACCUCUCCCACCAUAUUACUCCAGACACCAGCCACAGUGGAGCAGCCCACUGUCACUGAGGCAACAGACCCUAACCCCUGUGAUCCAAACCCCUGUGGUGAUGGAUCAUGUUUUGUGCAAGAUGGAACUGCGGUCUGCCAGUGUCCAGCAGGAUUUACCGGUGAAGACUGUGGAACUCCGGUACAGGGAUGUGAAGAAGGCUGGGUGGAAUUCAUGGGCAGCUGCUAUAUACACUUCAGUGAACGGGAGACGUGGACCAGUGCUGAGCAAUACUGUCAAGAGCUUAACGCUCAUUUGGUUAGCAUCACUUCCCAGCAGGAGCAAAAUUUUGUCAACACUCUGGCUCAAGACUACCAAUGGAUUGGACUCAAUGACAGAGACAAGCAAAAUGAGUUCCGCUGGACAGAUGGAAGCUCUUUGCAAUAUAACAACUGGAGACCAAACCAGCCCGAUGAAUACUCUAACUCUGGGGAAGAUUGUGUAGUAAUGAUCUGGCAUGAGUAUGGCCAGUGGAAUGAUGUGCCCUGCAACUACCAUCUUCCCUUCACAUGCAAAAGUGGAUCUGUCAAUUGCCGUACACCUCCCGAGGUGGAGAAUGCCAGGAUAUUAGGAACCAAAAGGGAGCACUACCCAGUCAACUCCAUCAUCCGCUACCAGUGCUACACUGGCUUCACACAGCGCCACCUCUCUGUGAUACACUGUAUGCCAGAUGGCCAGUGGGAGGAGCCUAAAGUGGAGUGUGUAGGAAACAAUACAAACAACAGACUACGGAAAAGAUCGCUUAAGUGGCAUUCCAAAGCGGUCAACAGUCGAACAUGGAAGAAGGUCCUUUAAACAGGACUCAAGGCCUGCACUUCAGAUCAUCUAGAGGACUAUUGUUAGCAAAGAGCAUCUCUACACAAGUCUUAAUUGCCCUGAAGAGAACCCGUAGCCUCAGUAAGAGGGUAAACCUUAUACAAUGACGCACAUUAGAUUCUGUUCUGUAGUCCGCCUGGCUUAUUGGUUUCCGAGUGUUACUCAGUGCCUUGCUGUUGGGGAGAAAGAAGGAACAAAGAAUCUUGGUUGAGAGUUUGGUGAGAGACUGAAUGUCUUCCACAUUAAUUGUUGACAUUUUUUUGUUCUGAGGCAACCCAAUGUCAAAACAAGAUUUGAAGAACACUCUGAACCACACCAUAAAUCCAUGAGCGGGUCAUUUCAAUUGACAGACUGAAUAUUUUCCAGAUAUGAAAAUGAGCCAAAGCUCUGGGCAUCCCCCAAUGAAGCACAUUUUAUGUGAAAGUAUUCUUCCAGGCCACCAGGUGACACUGUUGGUCACAUUUAGGAUUUUGCUAAUGUAUACAUCCCUGUAAUUUAGUCACUUUACUGUUUGGCAAAACUUAUGUUCUUCUUUUCUGUAGGUUUAAGUGUGAAAGAAGAUGAGAAAAAGAGUGAGAGAGGGUCAGGGUGGUCCUAGGCCUAUGAGUGACACUUGAAUGUCGUAACAAGACAAAAGGCUUCAGUGACUACAGCUGAAUACAAUGAAGUCAUGCACAUUAGUAUUUCAAAUUAUAUUCUUGGGAUACAAAUCCAUUUGAUUGGCAUUUUUCCCUUCUGUUUCAUUUUGUAAUAUGCGCAGCGUGAUCACAGAAGGCAAGUUAUCUCUGUGAGACUGUGAAAAAAAAAACACCCCUUUCAUUUCCAGCGCAGUGAUGUCUAGAUCUCCAACUUGACCUCAUUGGGCCUGUCCCAAAAGGUGCCCUAAGCCCUGCAGGUCCUCCUUCAGGUUAGUCUUCCAGGGCCAGACAUGAUCUCAUAACAAAAAUACACAUCUGGGGACAACUUGUUAAACUUUUUUGUUGGAUUGUGGCGAAAUCUGAAGCAAACCUGCCCCUGAAUUCCACUAGACCAUGUUCUUUUAACGUCUAGAGUGCAACCAAUAACACAAGUAAAACAAGCUAGCCUGCAAAACACUUUGUUUGCCAAUGGAACUAACUGUUUUUCCCUUUGCAAGAGUUUCAUGCAAUGCAUCUACAUGAUGAAUUUGAGUUUUUUGGGGGGACUUUUCAGCCAUAGUAAUCUACAUUACAUCUAUAGGCUGACAACUGGCUUGUUUUCUGUCAUACAGUGUUGAUAAGCGCACUAUUACCCCCCCUACUUAAGCCAUGCCUUCAUGAGGUGUUGGUCUGGUUUAGAAAUUUCACAGUUCAGUUUGAUCUCACCCUAG